GAAACUUUAAUCUGAGUCAUCGAAUCAACAUCCAAGGGGCAUGGGGGAUUCGGUAAUUUAACAAUCUGGACCUGCUCUUGGAUUGGGUAAUCACACUUUUACAAAUCCCACCUCCCUGCGCCCCUCCCCUUGAAUGUUGAUCCGAUGGUUCAGAUUGAAGUUUCUAUAGUUUGCACGGAGAGGUUGGUUUGCAUCUGAUAUGUUCCAUGAUGCAACAAGGCCUGCCUGCAUGCUUGCUUUAUAUACUUCGUACCACGUGUGUUUGUAAGAUUAUGCAUGCGUGACCCAUGCAUACAUGCAUAAGAAUGCAUAUAAACUAUCAGAAGCUAAGGUUAUUAGUCGUAGCUGGUUUUCUUGCUUGGGCAUCCGAUUCUCGAUUUCAAACGAACAUACACAAAAAUCACAGAAAUCCUACGGUACAUGAUGCCAAUUAAUAGAUGGAACCGAACAACCAUUGAUGCAUCAUGUGCACCAGGGCAACUGAUCGAUUUGGCAGGGAAGAGUUGCCGGCUCCGGUGGUUCAACCAGCUGGACCCACGGAUCAACCGGCGGCCCUUCACGGUGGCGGAGGAGGAGCGGCUCCUGCAGGCGCACCGCGCCCACGGCAACCGGUGGGCGCUCAUCUCCCGCCUCUUCCCCGGCCGCACCGACAACGCUGUCAAGAACCACUGGCACGUCGUCAUGGCGCGCCGCCGCCGCAGCCACCAACGCUCCGCCGGCGGCGGCACCCACCUCGCCGCCGCCCCUGGAACUGGAUGCUCGCCUCCGCCACGUCUCCCGCCGUUCCAGUGCUUCCACUUCGGCGCCCCGCCGCCUGCGUCGGCAAAGACCACCACCACCGGCAACCUGUGUUUCGCCAGGCCCGGUUCCGGGCCGUCCAGCCUCGUCAGCAGCUCAUCAGGAACGUUCAGUGUCAGGAACUGCCACGUUGCCAAUAACUUCGCCUUCUCUUCUCCAAGGGAAGCGGCGGCGGCUGCACCGGAGGACGACCAUCGUCAUGGCAUGGUCAAAGACGAACAUGCCGGUAACGACGAUGACGAAGAUGGUGGCGGCGCCGCUGCGACGAAGAAGGAUGUGCCGUUCAUCGACUUCCUGGGAGUCGGCAUCUGAAGAAACACGUCGGUGGUACACUUAACCGUGGUUAUGGACUUAUGGAGUGAUGAUGUCAGAAAUUUAGGAUGUUAGCUAGGCAAUUGGGUGUUGGUGCACCACACGCUCCUGAGCUGGGCCCACAUGUCAGUGGCAUGUCCUUGCACUCCUUUCCCUCUUCUCUCUUGUAUACUCCUGUGCAUGAAUGACAGUUGACAUGGUAAAAGAUGAUGAUGUGGCUGAGUAUAAAUAUAAAUUUUCCACAACAAUGAGAGAUAAUAAUUGUGCUGCAGUUUUACCCUAAUAGGCGGAUAUUCUUGAUGAGUAGAAUAGUCCACAGAACCCUGAACUGAAGCACUAAACAAGUGUGUAAUAAAGUUGGCAGCUUAAUGGUCGGA